UCCCUCUCUACCGAAACCAAACCGUGAUCCCAAUACCGCAAUACGUACCGAACCGUGGGCUUGGUGAACCGUUACACCCCUACAUCCAACUUGUAAUAUCAGCCCUUAAUCUCCAACUCCAAAGGCUGGAGUAGCUGACAAUAUACUAUAGGUGAUUUAUGUCAUAAUUAUUUCUCUGGAGAUCUCUUAUCCACCAAAGUGGACGUGAUGUCUUCCCUUUGGCAUGCACUGUUAGUGGAUUCUGUAAAAGGUGUUUCUGUUACUGUGCUUACAGAUUCCAGGGCUGGAGAGGGAGCACCGAGAGCGGUCGACCAUGCGGUCAUCGGAGGAGUGGUGGCUGUGGUUGUCUUUGCCAUGCUCUGUCUACUCAUCAUUUUGGGACGGUACUUUGCAAGACACAAAGGUACCUACUUCACGCAUGAAGCUAAAGGAGCCGACGAUGCAGCAGAUGCAGACACGGCCAUUAUCAACGCAGAGGGGGGCCACAACAAUUCGGACGAGAAAAAGGAGUACUACAUAUAGAAAUCACAGGGUCCAAAUACUGUCCCCUGUGGGACACCAUACUAUCUUUGGGUGAGGGGUGCUUGGGGUUUAAGUAUGGUUGGGUAGGGGGGGUAGGAUGGGUUGGUUUUAGUGGUGAUUGCCAGGGAUUGAACAAUGUAUAGUCCAGUCUGUGCAGCUGAAGAGGAACAGUUUUGUGUGUAUA